UACCUCCUACCAGCGUCUCUGAACAGAACAUACCUCAUACUCUCACUCCUUUUCCAAAAUCAAACUCAGAGAGGCUGUAAAAUGAAGCAGAGCGACAAUAUUUCAUGCCUCCAACUUGUUCGUCUGAUAAUCAUAGCCGUCCUAACAAUAAUGUUCAUCGUCAUCACGCAUUGCAGGGGUCAAGUCGAGGCCAAGAGGAGUCACAUGAUCAAGAAGAGCAAGAGUCACGGCCACAACCAUCAUAAUUCUCCUGCACCAGCUCCUGCCCCACGUUAUGGUGACCAUCGCGCUGAGUCAAGCAUGUUCAAUGUGCUCUCUUUUGGAGCUAAAGGAGAUGGAGUGUCCGACGAUUCGAAGGCAUUUUCAGCGGCAUGGAAAGCGGCUUGCAAGGUACCCUCGGCCACUUUGGUAAUCCCGCAAGGACUCAAGUUCCUGGUCAAGCCCAUCUCUUUUAAAGGCCCUUGCAUGCCUAAUCUUGUUCUUCAGAUUGAUGGAAUUGUUCAAGCUCCUCCAGAAGUAGGCUCCAGGAAAAAAUACAGUUUAUUACAGUGGCUGAAUUUUAAAUGGGUCCAGAACUUUACAGUCCAAGGCACUGGGACUGUUGAUGGUCAAGGGUCCGAGUGGUGGAGUCUCUCCCAGAUGCUGCACUACAAUGUGCAGAGCACAUCGAAACACAUUUUGGGCAUGAAACCAACGGCUUUAAGGUUUUAUUCAAGCUGUAAUGUGAUGGUCCGUGGCAUCAGCAUCGUCAAUAGUCCUCUCUGCCAUCUGAAGUUCGACAAUUCCAGAGGGAUCAAGAUUAGUAACAUCACCAUUUCCUCGCCCGAGGACAGCCCAAAUACUGACGGCAUUCACCUUCAGAACAGCCAGCACGUAGAAAUCGAACACUCGAAUAUCGGUUGUGGGGAUGACUGUGUUUCUGUACAGACGGGCUGCUCUGACGUUCACAUCCAUCACAUUAGUUGUGGCCCUGGACACGGUAUAAGUUUAGGAGGAUUAGGGAAAGAUAAAAGUGUGGCAUGCGUCUCCGACAUUAUUGUAGAGAACCUCUCUCUAGAGAAUACACUAUACGGUGUACGAAUCAAGACUUGGCAGGGAGGAGUUGGGUCAGUCAAGAACGUAUCGUUCUCAAACGUUCAAGUCUCUGACGUGAAGGUCCCGAUGAUGAUCGAUCAAUACUACUGCGACAAAAGAAUUUGCAAGAACCAGACUGGAGGCGUUGCGAUAACCGGGGUCAAAUUCGACCAGUUUGUCGGAACUUACGCAGCGCAGCCCCUUCACAUUGCAUGCAGCCAUGACGUCCCGUGCACCGACGUCGAUUUGGUGGACAUUCAACUGAAGCCGUCGCCAGGAGUCGGUGGUUCCCGGGAGGCUUUGUGUUAUAACUCUUAUGGAAAAGCCGUGGCUCCUCUCGUUCCUGCUAGCAUUGACGAUUGCUUGAGAAGUGAUGGUGGGUCGAUCAAGCGAAUUGCUAGGUCACCCGAUGUAGUUUGCUAGUGAACAUGGCAACGAUUUCUAAUAUUGAAUUGGAUCAUCAUUUUUUUCUUAUUUUUGUUUCUUUUCUUUUCUUUUUCGAGUGGUUCUUCCUCUUAGGUUAUUUUCUUCCUUUUAAAAUUCUUCCGUCUGCAUCCUUUUUUGAUGUGGGAAGGUGAUGAUGUAGAUUUUGUCGAAUUGGAUCUUUAAUUACUUUCACCGCAUGCUUCAAGACAGGGAAGGUAGUCUAGAAAUUGAUCGAGCUGAAUAAAAUGCAAAGUUCUUUUA